CAGCGCUCUUCUUCACUGCACGAUUACCGCAGCUGCGUGAAAGGACCAGUGGAGUUGUUUCAUAUUGCCGCUUCAUACAGGAAACACAUUUUGAUACAUCAGAUAUAUAGAACAAUCUAUAUUUUCCAAUCUAGGCGUUUGACAUUGCUUUUUAAAGCUUAGAGCCUUGUAAGGAAGGCGCAUUAUGGAGCGUCAAACUGUGCCUGUUAGCGAUUCAUUUGAUUAUCCUUUGAUUCCGCGCAACACAACCUUUAUGGAGGAACCCGCGGGACUUCUGUCUAACAUCAGCGGAGGUAGCGAACAGAAGGCGGUGAGAGGCAACACGGCAGCCGUUAUCGCUGUGUGCAUUACCGCGCUGUACUCCGUCAUCUGUGUUGUGGGGCUGUUUGGAAAUGUUCUGGUUAUGUACGGUGUGGUCAGGUACACAAAGAUGAAGACAGCUACCAACAUUUACAUCUUUAACUUGGCCCUGGCUGAUGCUUUAGCCACCAGCACUCUACCCUUCCAGAGCGCCAAGUAUCUAAUGAGUACCUGGCCUUUCGGUGAGCUCUUGUGCAAAGUGGUCAUUGCUAUCGACUACUACAAUAUGUUCACCAGUAUUUUCACACUGACGAUGAUGAGUGUGGACCGCUACAUUGCCGUUUGCCACCCAGUGAGAGCUCUGGACUUUCGCACACCUGUCAAGGCUAAGAUCAUCAACAUCUGCAUAUGGAUUCUCUCGUCUGCUGUCGGUUUCCCAGUCAUGGUUAUGGCUGUUACUAGAGUGACUAAUACAGGCAAAACAGACUGCAUACUGAAAUUCCCAGAUCCAGACUGGUAUUGGGAUACUGUGACCAAGAUCUGUGUCUUCAUUUUCGCCUUUGUGGUUCCCGUCAUGGUCAUCACCAUCUGUUACGGUUUAAUGAUUCUUCGUCUUAAGAGUGUGCGCUUGCUCUCUGGCUCUAAAGAGAAGGAUAGAAACCUUCGCCGCAUCACUCGCAUGGUCCUGGUGGUGGUGGCGGCCUUCAUUAUCUGCUGGACCCCCAUCCACAUUUUCAUCAUCGUCAAAAUCGUGGUCGAGAUCGACCAAAAGAAUCUGCUCGUGGUUGCCUGCUGGCAUCUGUGCAUUGCUCUGGGCUAUAUGAACAGUAGCCUCAACCCAGUCCUGUAUGCGUUCCUGGAUGAAAACUUCAAGAGGUGCUUCCGAGAAUUCUGCUUGCCAUUUCGUUCUCGCAUGGAGCAAAGCAGCUUCUCCAGAGCCCGUAGCGGCAUCAGAGAGCCCAUCUCAGUGUGUGCCAAGACAGAGUCAAUGAAGCGGCCCACAUGACUAGGCAUGGAUCAGAUACCUCCUGGUAUACAACCAAGGACACAGAAAGACCUGCAGUCUGAGGUCACUCAAAUCUCCAACGCUGAGUACUAAGCCUUCCUGGAAACCACCUGAGGUUAAUAUAACUUGACGGUAACCCCAUACCGAAGGCGAAUGUUCUUUUUGGAUUAUUAUCAUGCUUUUUACCUCCACUUGUUUCUCUUUCUUGACCUAACUGAGUGGGAAACGCUGUGGAUGGCUCUAAAAUUAUCAUCAAAAUGUUUCCUAAUUGAGGAAAGCAGACCAUUUUGGGCCAUUAAGCUUCUAAUGAUUUAUUGGAAAAGACAUCAAAGAUGUGGCCUGGAAUGGUCAAUGGGAAAUCUACAUUCAUUAGUGGCAUAUGAGCCAUCAAAGUGGAUUCUCGUAAUCAUAUUUUUAAAAUGAAAGUGAAUACAUUUCCUUGAAAUAUGUGGGAACUUAAAGCUUAAACACAUGGUUACUAGGGUUAGAUGACAUACUCAUUACACAAAUUAUAUGGUAUUUUUUCCAAACAUUAACAUAAGCUUAGGAUAGUUCCAUUUAAAGAGACAAGGAUGUUUGUUAUACAGCUCUGAUUCAUACUUCAGAAUGUGUACUUUCCGGCUACAGAGUAUGGAAAAAGUAGUCCAUCAAAUGAGUUGGAUGUCCGAAAUACUAUGAAAAUGGAUUGUGUCCUGCAUUUGCUGAGAUUCUGAAAAGUGUAACUAGUUGACAUUUGGCUAUCCCCAUAAGGCCAUGAGAGCUAAGGAGCCAUCAGAUUUAUAUUCUGUAAGCUGGACUGCUUUUUCAAAUGUAAGUGCUAUAGGUACCAAGAAAUCUAUUCCUUGUGUUUAAUAACAAGUCAAUUUCGCAGAUGUUGUUAGUACGUCAAAAGUCAAAGAACAAUUCCAACAUAGAGGAUGUAGUAUGUCCGGGAAUGUAGAUAUACUACACACCUGCGUACCUUCAGGAUGUAUCAGCGGUCAAGAAGUUAAUCGAAUUCAGUGCUCUUUACAACAGUACGGGAUUUCGGACACAGUUAGUACAGUCUCUGCUUGACAAAAUUCAGAAUUCACAUUUCAGCAGAUUUGCAGGUUAAUUUGAGUGCUGCGACACAGCCGCCACAUAUAUGCUGUAGGUGACAAGGUUACCUUCCUUUAGGUGAUGAUGCUUGGUGCUUGGUGAAUAUGUGCUGCUGGUGAAUGUGUUUAAUAACCUCUAUAAAGUACAGUGUUAAUAUUAGGAGCAGUUUAGGCAUGUUGUGAUUCUAUCACAGAGGGGCUCUUAGAUUUUUUUUCUUAGUACUUACGAACUUAAGUAUUUUAGUGUAAUAAUUUUAGCAUUUCAUUGACAUUAGAGGUAAAUGGCACAGGUCUUUCAGCUUUUUCAAGUCAUAAAAUUGAAGUGACAUUUAUGUCAUUUUGUGAUAUUAAAGUUUGAUUCGAAAUGUCAGCUCUUCUGUAAAAAAUUUCUAUAUAUGUUACAGACAUACUUUCUCCAGUCAAGGCUGUGUUGAUGUAUUAGAGACAGUAUUUGCUUUGCUGUCAAAAAACUAUUAUGUACUUUUGCAUAAGUGUUGCAUAUUUCCUCAUUCGUUAAUUUUUAAUAGAUGCAAGGCAAUUGUCACAAAUUAUCUGAACUGUUAAUGUCAUUGUUGUGAAAGGUAAAAAAUAAAAAUGAAAAAUGACUCUGCAGAUUGCAUGGAUUUGAGUUAUAAUAUAUAUAUAUAUAUAUAUUAAAGGUUAAUUUCCCACACCUGUGGCUUUUUAAAUUACAAUUAGUGUCUGUGUAUAAAUAGUCAAUGAGUUUGUUAGCUCUCACGUGGAUGCACUGAGCAGGCUAGAUACUGAGCCAUGGGGAGCAGAAAAUAACUGUAAUGGAACUUUAUAAAGAUGGAAAAGGAUAUAAAAAGAUAUCUAAAGCCUUGAAAAUGCCAGUCAGUACUGUUCAAUCACUUAUUAAGAAGUGGAAAAUUCAGGGAUCUCUUGAUAGCAAGCCAAGGUUAGGUAGACCAAGAAAGAUUUCAGCCACAACUGCCAGAAGAAUUGUUCGAGAUACAAAGAAAAAACCACAGGUAACCUCAGGAGAAAUACAGGCUGCUCUGGAAAAAGACGGUGUGGUUGUUUCAAGGAGCACAAUACGACGAUACUUCAACCAAAAUGAGCUGCAUGGUCAAGUUGCCAGAAGAAGCCUUUACUGUGCCAAUGCCACAAAAAAGCCCGGUUACAAUAUGCCCGACAACACCUUGACAUGCCUCACAGCUUCUGGCACACUGUAAUUUGGAGUGACGAGACCAAAAUAGAGCUUUAUGGUCACAACCAUAAGCGCUAUGUUUGGAAAGGGGUCAACAAGGCCUAUAGUGAAAAGAAUACCAUCCCCACUGUGAAGCAUGAUGGUGGCUCACUGAUGUUUUGGGGUGUGUGAGCUCUAAAGGCACGGGGAAUCUUGUGAAAAUUGAUGGCAAGAUGAAUGCAGCAUGUUAUCAGAAAAUACUGGCAGACAAUUUGCAUUCUUCUGCACAAAAGCUGCGCAUGGGACACUCUUGGACUUUCCAGCACGACAAUGACCCUAAGCACAAGGCCAAGUUGACCCUCCAGUGGUUACAGCAGAAAAAGGUGAAGGUUCUGGAGUGGCCCUCACAGUCUCCUGACCUUAAUAUCAUCAAGCCACUCUGGGGAGAUCUCAAACGUGCGGUUCAUGCAAGACGACCAAAGACUUUUCAUGACCUGGAGGCAUUUUGCCAAGACGAAUGGGCAGCUAUACCACCUGCAAGAAUUUGGGGCCUCAUAGACAACUAUUACAAAAGACUGCACGCUGUCAUUGAUGCUAAAGGGGGCAAUACACAGUAUUAAGAACUAAGGGUAUGCAGACUUUUGAACAGGGGUCAUUUCAUUUUUUUCUUUGUUGCCAUGUUUUGUUUUAUGAUUGUGCCAUUCUGUUAUAACCUACAGUUGAGUAUGAAUCCCAUAAGAAAUAAAAGAAAUGUGU